AAUGGCCAGCAGCUCACUGGAACUACAUCACCUGGAGAAUGACUCACCCGGGUUGGCCACACUACUUCCGGAGGUGCUAGCUUUGUCUAACGUGAUCUUCGACGCCGACCCUCAGUCCAAGUACGCCUCGCUCGACGAGUGGAAACGACGUCUCUCCGCUCCUGGUUCCGUUGUGGUGUACCUCUCGCCUCCGUCAAGACCAACCCGCCCAGUCGCCUUCUCGUUCACGCACUCACGACACCAUACACUACCGCUCGCAAGCGGUGAGACCGACACCAUGCACGUCUGGCUAGCUGGCGUGCUCCCGGAGAGGCGGACGGAAGGUUGUUUGGCGCUGAUGGUGGAGGCGUUGGGGUCAUCGCAAGUCCUGACUGUGUGCACGACCCCGGACGUGUACCCGGCGAUGUGGAGGUGGCUGAUGGGGUGAGGAUGGUCGGUCGAGCGGGAACUUGGCGGCGGGAAGGUGAUGCUCCGCAGAUCGAAGUAACUGGGAUCCGAGCUCUCUGGAUAGCCUGACUGUACCUAAGGGUACGUGUGUAUUGGCCAAGGGAGUGGUGAGCGGGAGUCGUUUGUGCGCAGCGGUGAAGGUAAGCAGUAUAUUAUCCCGGCUAUUAUCGUCUGCAACGGAGACUAGUUCAGACCGCCAUCGGUCCUUCUAUUCGGAGGUCGACUCCAUGGUAGAUAUGUGAACAUACAUUGAUCCUCGUGAAUGCCUUCGAUUUGCCAUUGUGUAAUGCCUCG